AUGUACUGGCUUCGGUACUUGAAGUCGUUAUUCGUCGUCUGUGACGUCGUCGUCACUGCCAUUUUGGCAUCAGAGCUUAAUCACCGUCGACACGGUCGAACAACACAAUUACACAAUGUCGCCACAAAUCGCAACAUUGUCGGCUAUAUUCCUGAUCAUCGACAUCCAGAACUACGAACAGCGAUACGAUCUGUCGAUGACGAUAAGACUGAAUUCGUCAGGCGUGAAUGGACGGAAACAGUAUACAAGAAGAUUCGAACAUAUAGUGAGCAGUAA